UCUCUCCCACCACCGCGUUCCCCACAAUGCCGGCGACCGCCACCGCCGCCGCCGCCGCCGCCGCCAUCCCCGGUCACUCCUUCAAACUCAUCCCGACCGCUCUCUUCCCUCGCCCCCUCCUCCGCCGCCUCCGCUUCGCCACCACCGCCGCCGCCGCCGCCGCCUCCGUCCCCUCCUUCGAAGACGCCCCUCCUUCUCCUCCGCAACAGGAAGCUCGCUCCGCCUCCUACUUCCCCAGGAAGAACCAGACCCUCGAGUUGGAGUGCGAGAGCCUGGCCUACAAGGGCAAGGGCGUCUGCAAGGUCUCCGGCACCGGCUUCGUCGUCCUCUGCGACCGCGCCCUCCCCGGCGAGCGCUUCGUCGGCCGCGUCACCCGCAGGAAGGGCAGCUACGCCGAGGUGACCAAGUUGAGGACGAUAUCUCCGCACCGGGACGUCGUGGAUGCCCCCUGCGAGUAUGCAUCGUACUGCGGAGGCUGUAAGACGCAGAACUUGCUGUACGAGGCUCAGGUCAGGGCCAAGGAGCAGCAGGUCCGCGAGCUGAUCAUUCACGUCGGGAAAUUUCCCGAUAAUGAUCCGGAGUUCCCCGCGAUGAUGAAGCCCAUCGUUCCCUGCGAUAUCCAGUUCCACUAUCGGAACAAGAUGGAAUUUUCAUUUGGCUCUCAAAGAUGGUUGCCACGUGAGUUGUUUGAAGAGGAUCGCGAUGAUACUGAGAACCAUGCUUUGGGACUGCAUGCACCAGGCUUCUUUGAUAAGGUCCUGAAUGUCAACAAGUGCUUACUACAAAGUGACCCUGCUAACAAGGUUCUUGCAGCUAUACAAGACUGCUGGAGAGAUCCCCAACUAGGUUUGUCUCCUUAUGAUGUCCACUCUCAUGCUGGAUUUCUUAAGCAUCUAAUGCUUAGAACUGGGAGGGACAUUGAGACUGGUCAGCUGGAGGUCAUGGUUAAUUUCGUGACAUCAUCUUACAAGCCCGAGUUGCUGAAACCCUUAGUAGAGAAAAUUACAUCUUUCCCUGAAGUGGUAAGUGUUGUUAAUAAUGUGAAUACUUCGGUGGGUAAUACAUCUACUGGAGAGGAGGAAUACACUUUGCAUGGGAAAUCUACCAUCACAGAGACCUUGAGAGGGCUUACUUUUCAAAUUUCCGCCAAUUCCUUUUUUCAGACAAAUACUUGGCAGGCUGAGGUUCUGUAUAAACUUAUUGAGGAGUGUGCGGGUCUCAGGGGAGAUGGCUCAGAAAUUGUGCUAGACCUAUUCUGUGGAACAGGCACCAUUGGUCUGACACUUGCCAGAAGGGUUAGACAUGUUUAUGGGUACGAGGUUGUUGCUCAAGCCAUCUCUGAUGCUUGUCUGAAUGCCAAGCUCAAUGGUAUCAGCAAUGCAACAUUUAUCCAAGGAGAUCUCAAUAAAAUCGAUGCAAAUUUUGGCAGCAACUUCCCUAAACCAGAUAUUGUCAUUUCGGAUCCAAAUCGGCCAGGCAUGCAUCUGAAGUUAAUUAAGUUUCUGCUGAAGCUCAAGGCUCAGCGUAUUAUUUAUGUAUCUUGUAAUCCAGCUACCUGUGCACGCGACCUUGAGUACCUUUGUCAUGGGGUGAGAGAGCAAAACAUAGAAGGGUGUUACAAACUAAAAAGUGUACAGCCUGUAGACAUGUUCCCACACACUCCCCACAUCGAGUGUGUGUGCCUACUGGAGCUCUGUUGAUGGUGUUUUCUCAACUGCAAAACUACAAAGAUCUCUCUCAGCAAAUGUGGAAGUAGGAUGCUGGCCCAGAGAAUUCUUCACUUUAAUCGGUGCCACUGAUGUAAUUGAUUUGGGAGGAGAGAUGGUCAAUGAAGAACCUGAUGUCAUCAUAUGACACCACAAAUGGGGAGCCGCCGUUUUCCUUCUAAAGGCUUUAGAAAAGUAUCCUUUUUCUGCCAUCUUAAAUUCGGCGCUGCCUAUUAUAGAGAGAGCGAUGCAGAGAAUCCUGUGAAGUACGUGUCAAGACUGGACUGCUAUGAUUUACAGAUCAGCGAGCCACCUCCGUUGCAUAUGGAUUCCAUUUUUAUCACGGGUGUGCUGGAUUUUCUUCUACAGUAUGCUUCUCCUGACCAGGAUAAGGAGACAUACGGACGUAACAAGUUUUCAGAGAUCUACAUGGAAACAACUGCGACCACCUAGUUUAGGAUUGCUUGAGUUAAAGAAGAUUUUUACUAAUUCGGCAAUUAUUAAUACCUCGCUCUAGUAUUCCCCUGGAAUUAAGCAUCCAUUUUGAACCUUCUUGGGGAACAUUUCAAGCCCACUUUUGAUCUGUCGAUUCUCAAGAAUCUGUUAAUAAGAAUGCUCUCUUCUAUAUCUUUAUUCAA